CCCGCCCCUGUCUUCGCCCGCUCUGUCCUCUCCGCCCUCUUCUUCUCCGGCCACCUCGUCGAGCUCGAGCGCGCCCUCCUCCGUGGCGGCGGCAGAGGAGGAGGAGGAGGAAGAGGCGGUGGCGGCACCGAUCCCUCGGGGUCGCUCGUCUCCGUCGAGAACCUCCGAGCCUACCCGCAAAUCAUCGACGUCGCCUCCAUUCUAGGGCUCGAUCACGACAUCGCGGAUCACGCCUUUGAGCUCUCCAGGGAUUGCUCCUCCGCCAUUUGCCUGAGGAAUUGCAGUGUCGAGGCACUCGCUACCGUCGCGCUCGUGCAGGCGAUCCGGGAGGCGCAGGAGCCGAGGAUUCUGUAG